AUGGUCGUCUACUAUUCGUUUAUUCCUUCCGAUGCUUCCGGUUUUAUUGUGCAUCUCAACACGUUGUUAAUUGACGGUGAAGCAGCGGACGCCAUUACCAGAGGCGUGGCGUCCUUUGUUAUGCAUGAAAAUUACGAGCGACGACAAAAAAGUCAGGCAAUAAGAGCAUUUCCUGAUUACGCCAACACAGCGGCCGUUAUUGCCGAAUGGGGAACAAAUUCCUCAGGUGGAAAUUUGUCAAAGGUAUUGCUGAAGGCGGACGUCACUGUUCUAGAGAACACACUUUGCGCCAGUCAAUACGCAGUUUUCAAUGGCGCUAAUAUGUUGUGUGCUGCCGGAUCGGACACAGCCACUUGCCAGGGUGACAGUGACGGCGUUGAAGUCGGUAUCGCUUCGCUUGCCAAAGGUUGUGCUGAUACCGACUAUGCAGGUGUUUACACACGAGUUAGCACUUACAUAGGCUGGAUUGCUGACGCUCAGUCCAACAAUCCCGGCCGAAAAUUCUACGGCUAA